UCAAGAACAGAAGUGUAGCAGACCGCUUGGUCCGUAUAAAUACCAUGUUGACAGUGAACUAGAGCACAGUUCAAUCUGCAGCAUUCAACAGUGAACAAGUCACCAAAACAUCUCAACAUGGCAUUCAAGUUUGUGAUCUUCGCCGCUGUGGUGGCCGUUGCCCGCGCUGGCCUCAUUGCCUCGCCAGCAGUUUCCUACGCUGCUGCUCCGGCCCUCGUUGCUGCCCCAGUCGCCAAGGUCGCUUAUGCCGCUGCUCCGAUCGCCAAGGUCGCGUACGCCGCCCAGCCAGAGGAGUACGACGCGAACCCGCAGUACUCGUUCUCGUACGGUAUCUCGGACGCCCUGACCGGAGACUCCAAGUCCCAGCAGGAGUCGCGCAGCGGAGAUGUUGUCCAGGGAUCGUACUCCGUCGUUGACCCCGAUGGCACCAAGCGUACCGUCGAAUACACGGCCGACCCGCACAACGGAUUCAACGCUGUCGUCCACCGUGAGCCGCUGGCCGCCAAGACCAUCGUCGCUGCUGCCCCGGUCGCCACCAAGGUCAUUGCUCAGCCCGCCGUCGCUUAUGCCGCCCCGGUAGCCAAGACCAUCUCGUACGCCGCUCCGGUCGCCACCAAGACCUACGUCGCGCAGCCAGCUCUGUCCUAUGCCGCCCCUCUGACCAAGACCUACGUGUCGCAGCCAGCUCUGUCCUAUGCCGCUCCAGUGGCCAAGACCAUCUCUUACGCCGCUCCUCUGGCCACGAAGACCUAUGUGUCGCAGCCGGCUAUCUCUUACGCCGCUCCUCUGGCCAAGACCUACGUGUCGCAGCCGGCUCUGUCGUACGCCGCCCCGGCCUACGCUUACCACCUCGCCAAGGUCGCUUAUGCCGCUGCCCCGAUCGCCAAGGUCGCGUACGCCGCCCAGCCAGAGGAGUACGACGCGAACCCGCAGUACUCAUUCUCGUACGGCAUCUCGGACGCCCUGACCGGAGACUCCAAGUCCCAGCAGGAGUCGCGCAGCGGAGAUGUUGUCCAGGGAUCGUACUCCGUCGUUGACCCCGAUGGCACCAAGCGUACCGUUGACUACACUGCUGACCCGCACAACGGAUUCAACGCUGUCGUCCGCCGUGAGCCGCUGGCCGCCAAGACCAUCGUCGCUGCUGCCCCGGUCGCCACCAAGGUCAUUGCUCAGCCCGCCGUCGCUUAUGCCGCCCCGGUAGCCAAGACCAUCUCGUACGCCGCUCCGGUCGCCACCAAGACCUACGUCGCGCAGCCAGCUCUGUCCUAUGCCGCCCCUCUGACCAAGACCUACGUGUCGCAGCCAGCUCUGUCCUAUGCCGCUCCAGUGGCCAAGACCAUCUCUUACUCCGCUCCUCUGGCCACGAAGACCUACGUGUCGCAGCCGGCUAUCUCUUACGCCGCUCCUCUGGCCACGAAGACCUACGUGUCGCAGCCGGCUCUGUCAGCACAGUUCAAUCUGCAGCAUUCAACAGUGAACAAGUCACCAAAACAUCUCAACAUGGCAUUCAAGUUUGUGAUCUUCGCCGCUGUGGUGGCCGUUGCCCGCGCUGGCCUCAUUGCCUCGCCAGCAGUUUCCUACGCUGCUGCUCCGGCCCUCGUUGCUGCCCCAGUCGCCAAGGUCGCUUAUGCCGCUGCCCCGAUCGCCAAGGUCGCGUACGCCGCCCAGCCAGAGGAGUACGACGCGAACCCGCAGUACUCAUUCUCGUACGGCAUCUCGGACGCCCUGACCGGAGACUCCAAGUCCCAGCAGGAGUCGCGCAGCGGAGAUGUUGUCCAGGGAUCGUACUCCGUCGUUGACCCCGAUGGCACCAAGCGUACCGUUGACUACACUGCUGACCCGCACAACGGAUUCAACGCUGUCGUCCGCCGUGAGCCGCUGGCCGCCAAGACCAUCGUCGCUGCUGCCCCGGUCGCCACCAAGGUCAUUGCUCAGCCCGCCGUCGCUCAUGCCGCCCCGGUAGCCAAGACCAUCUCGUACGCCGCUCCGGUCGCCACCAAGACCUACGUCGCGCAGCCAGCUCUGUCCUAUGCCGCCCCUCUGACCAAGACCUACGUGUCGCAGCCAGCUCUGUCCUAUGCCGCUCCAGUGGCCAAGACCAUCUCUUACUCCGCUCCUCUGGCCACGAAGACCUACGUGUCGCAGCCGGCUAUCUCUUACGCUGCUCCUCUGGCCACGAAGACCUACGUGUCGCAGCCGGCUCUGUCGUACGCCGCUCCGGCCUACGCUUACCACCACUCAUCCGGUGCUGUGAACAACAUCUUCUCCAACCCCGACGCAAAGAUGGCAUUCAAGUUUGUGGCUUUCGCUGCUCUGAUCGCCGUGGCCCGCGCUGGCCUCAUUGCAUCGCCCGCCGUCAGCUAUGCUGCCGCACCGGCCGUAGUUGCUGCUGCCCCGGUCGCCAAGGUCGCUUAUGCCGCUGCUCCGGCAGUGGUUGCGGCCCCGGUCGCCAAGGUUGCGUACGCCGCCCAGCCAGAAGAGUACGAUGCCAACCCGCACUACUCGUUCUCGUACGGCAUCUCGGACGCCCUGACCGGAGACUCCAAGUCCCAGCAGGAGUCGCGCAGCGGAGAUGUUGUCCAGGGAUCGUACUCCGUCGUUGACCCCGAUGGCACCAAGCGUACCGUCGAGUACACGGCUGACCCGCACAACGGAUUCAACGCUGUCGUCCACCGUGAGCCGCUGGCCGCCAAGACCAUCGUCGCUGCUGCCCCGGUCGCCACCAAGACCAUCGUUGCUCAGCCCGCCGUCGCUUAUGCCGCCCCGGUAGCCAAGACCAUCUCGUACGCCGCUCCUCUGGCCACCAAGACCGUGGUUGCCAGCCCGGCCAUCUCGUACGCCGCUCCGGUCGCUAAGCUGGCCACACCGGUCGCUUACACCGCCGCCCUCCAUCACUAGAGUGCGCGCUUAUCCACCCACGACUGUUCAGCAGAAUCCGGCACCGUUUGUACAUAUCUUCAAAACCUCACGUUACAAGACUCACGCCUGAAUCGUUUAAUUUAUUAAACGUAUUGUUUUGAAUAUUAAUAACAAUCAAUUGAAUCCGUCAAA